ACUUUUUUUCCUUUAUCCUUCGAUUCCAUCCUUUAUUUCUACCCCCUCCAUUCUUAUCCUUCCACAAGCUUCUCUCACUCACAGUCUUUAGAAGAAGUCAGCUCGGUGCUGAUUUCUCUUUUCUGAGGGUGCUGUGUGUGUGCCCUAAACCAGAGAUUUCUUCCUUUCUAUAACCUUAAACACACAGCCAUGCGAGGGCGGAGUCUAUUCUUCAUCUUUUCCCUACUCUUCCUCCUCCUAUCAUUCUCUGAGGCAAAAAAGAAGUCCAAACAACCAUCAGAUGCAGUGACUGGAUCCGAAAGUACUGCCAUAAAUCCCUCGCUGGGGUCCGGUCAACUAAGCACUAAGGAUGGGCACCGCUGCACCUGGGAGACGUUAGAGAGAGGAGCUAACAUUCUUCUCCAGGUGAGCUGUUCUGCCCCUGAGGAGGAGGUGCUCAAACCUCCCUACACAUGCCAGUUUGCUGGAAAACCUCAGGAAUGCUCCGUGUACAGCACCCAGUCCUCCCAGUACUGGAAACAAGUGGUGAGCAAACUGAAGAAGCGAAAGAAUGCUUGCGAGGGGGAGAAAGUCCUGAAAACACGCCUGUGUAAGAGAGCACCCAGCGCAUCUCACAUGAAACUCACAGAGAGAAGCGGAGAAGAGACGACCACACACAUUAGCGAGGGAACGCAAGAAGAGAGCAAGCGCAAAACAGAGGCGCCCGUGAGGAAAGAAAAAGAAGUACAGAAAGAGAAGGAAGAGGAGGUGAAGAAAGAAGAGGAUGAGGGGUUCGGAGAAGUACUGAAUGAUGGAGUCUCAGACAUGGGGCCUGCUGUGAGCUACUGCGGAGAGGGAUGGCAUUCUGUCUGCAGCUUUUUUGUCAAGUUUUUUGAUGGUUAAAAAAUCUGCUAUCAAUGCUUUUUCGGACCCAGUGGAGGAUAAGAAUGUUGAUGAAUGAAAAAAAGACGGAAAGACAACGCUGUCGGGUGUCAAAAAA